UGAGGGCAUAAGAAUCCUUGUCAGGAGUAUAGCACCCCCUUCAAAAAGUGUGUCUUGUAAAAAAUUUUAGUAACUUGGCCAGAAUGGGUCAUGGAGAAUAGCUGGCCUGUGGGAACCCAUGCCUUUCGUCCCUGCUUGCAGGGACAAUGGCUGAAAUGCAACUCUGUUCAUGUGACAGCCAGAGAAAGGGGCUCAUUGUUCCAGGGUUGGCUGAUGCUUCCCCAGGCUCUGGCCAGCCAUCCCGCUGAGCUUGGUAGACCCAAGGAAACAGACACACUUGAAUCAGAGAGACAAAGAAAGGAGGUCAAGGCCUUCUGAGUUAAACUGCUUGCAGCAGUGUGUCAGAGGUAGGAUUUGGGGAGGGAAAUAGCAAUUCCUUGGAAGCGUCAUUAAUCUGCUGGUUUUGGAGCUGCAGACACUGGUGUUAGAGAAUCACGUCUGUUAGAAUGCCGGUUGUCCUUCAGGAAAAAAAAUGGUUAUAUCUUUGAACUCAUACCUGGGCUUUAUCGGUUUAUUGUUAUUCCAUUGGACUGGGACAGCAUCGGCUCUGAAUCUUGAAGACCCUAAUGUGUGUAGCCACUGGGAAAGCUACUCGGUGACCGUGCAGGAGUCGUAUCCACACCCCUUUGAUCAGGUUUACUACACCAGCUGCACUGACAUCCUGAACUGGUUUAAGUGCACGCGGCACAGAAUCAGUUAUCGGACAGCCUAUCGACAUGGAGAAAAAACUAUGUAUAGGCGCAAAUCUCAGUGUUGCCCUGGAUUUUAUGAAAGCAGAGACAUGUGUGUCCCUCACUGUGCUGAUAAAUGUGUCCAUGGUCGCUGCAUCGCUCCAAACACCUGUCAGUGUGAGCCUGGCUGGGGUGGGACCAACUGCUCCAGUGCGUGCGAUGGUGAUCACUGGGGGCCUCACUGCAGCAGCCGGUGCCAGUGCAAAAACGAAGCUCUGUGUAACCCCAUUACUGGGGCUUGCCACUGCGCUGCUGGCUUCCGGGGCUGGCGUUGUGAGGACCGCUGUGAGCAGGGCAGCUAUGGUAAUGACUGUCACCAGAGAUGCCAGUGCCAGAAUGGAGCCACCUGCGACCAUGUCACGGGGGAAUGCCGUUGCCCACCAGGAUACACUGGGGCCUUCUGUGAGGAUCUUUGCCCCCCUGGCAAGCAUGGACCACAGUGUGAACAGAGGUGCCCCUGCCAAAAUGGAGGAGUGUGCCACCAUGUCACUGGAGAAUGCUCCUGCCCUCCUGGCUGGAUGGGCACAGUCUGUGGCCAACCUUGCCCGGAGGGUCGCUUUGGAAAGAACUGUUCCCAAGAAUGUCAGUGCCAUAAUGGAGGGACAUGUGAUGCUACCACAGGCCAAUGUCAUUGCAGCCCAGGCUACACAGGGGAACGGUGCCAGGAUGAAUGCCCUGUUGGGACCUAUGGCGUGCGCUGCGCCCAGACCUGCAGGUGUGUCAAUGGAGGGAAGUGUUACCACGUGAGCGGCACGUGCCUCUGUGAAGCUGGCUUUGGUGGCGAGCUCUGCGAAGCACGCCUCUGUCCAGAGGGUCUCUAUGGCAUCAAAUGUGACAAGCGGUGCCCCUGCCACCUGGACAACACUCAGAGCUGUCACCCCAUGUCUGGAGAGUGUGCCUGCAAUGCAGGCUGGUCGGGACUCUACUGUAACGAGACUUGCUCUCCUGGAUUCUACGGGGAGGCUUGCCAGCAGAUCUGCAGCUGCCAAAAUGGGGCCGACUGUGACAGUGUGACUGGAAAGUGCACCUGUGCCCCAGGAUUCAAAGGAAUUGAUUGUUCCACCCCAUGCCUCCCAGGAACCUAUGGGAUAAACUGUUCCUCUCACUGUGGCUGUAAAAAUGGUGCUGUCUGCUCUCCUGUGGAUGGUUCUUGUACUUGCAAGGCAGGCUGGCAUGGCGUGGACUGCUCCAUCAGCUGUCCCAGUGGCACAUGGGGUUUUGGCUGUAACUUAACCUGCCAGUGCCUUCAUGGGGGAGCUUGCAACACCCUAGAUGGAACUUGCACGUGUGCCCCUGGAUGGCGUGGGCAGAAGUGUGAAUUUCCCUGUCAGGAUGGCACCUACGGGCUGAACUGUGCGGAGCGCUGUGACUGCAGCCACGCAGAUGGCUGCCACCCAACCACGGGCCACUGCCGCUGCCUCCCUGGAUGGUCAGGUGUGCAUUGUGACAGCGUUUGUGCCGAGGGACGCUGGGGCCCCAACUGCUCCCUGCCCUGCUACUGUAAAAAUGGAGCUUCGUGUUCCCCCGAUGAUGGCAUCUGUGAAUGUGCGCCUGGAUUCCGAGGCACCACGUGCCAGAGAAUCUGCUCCCCUGGUUUUUAUGGGCAUCGCUGCAGCCAGACAUGCCCACAGUGUGUUCACAGCAGUGGGCCAUGUCACCACAUCACAGGCUUAUGUGACUGCUUACCUGGCUUCACCGGCGCCCUCUGCAAUGAAGUGUGUCCCAGUGGCAGAUUUGGGAAAAACUGUGCGGGAAUUUGUACUUGCACCAACAACGGCACCUGUAACCCCAUUGAUCGAUCUUGUCAGUGCUACCCAGGUUGGAUCGGCAGUGACUGCUCCCAGCCCUGCCCACCUGCUCACUGGGGCCCAAACUGCAUCCACACUUGCAACUGCCACAACGGGGCUUUCUGUAGCGCCUAUGAUGGAGAAUGCAAGUGCACUCCGGGCUGGACAGGGCUCUACUGCACUCAGAGAUGUCCUCUGGGGUUUUAUGGCAAGGACUGUGCUCUGAUAUGCCAGUGUCAGAACGGAGCCGACUGUGACCACAUCUCGGGGCAGUGUACCUGCCGCACGGGCUUCAUGGGAAGGCACUGCCAGCAGAAAUGCCCUGCAGGAACAUAUGGCUACGGCUGUCGCCAGAUAUGUGACUGCCUGAACAACUCCACCUGUGACCACAUCACUGGGACCUGUUACUGCAGCCCGGGAUGGAAGGGCGCACGAUGUGAUCAAGCUGGCGUUAUAAUCGUUGGGAACCUCAACAGUUUAAGCCGAACCAGCACUGCCCUCCCUGCUGAUUCCUACCAGAUCGGGGCCAUCGCAGGAGUCAUCAUCCUCAUCCUUGUCAUUCUCUUCCUCUUAGCCCUGUUCAUUAUUUAUAGACACAAGCAGAAGGGCAAGGAAUCAAGCAUGCCAGCAGUCACCUACACCCCUGCCAUGAGGGUCAUCAAUGCAGAUUACACCAUUUCAGGUCAGCCUGGAGUCCUGGAGGGGUCUGACUCCUUGGAGAGUGAGUCCUGCUUCUUUGACAUUGGGUGUUUGGCUCUGCCAUCCCUUGUCACAGUCAGUCCUCCUGGAGAGAACUGCUUGUUGAGAAAAGAAACCCUGCCCCACAGCAAUGGUGGAAAUGCCAGCAGCCACUACUUCACCAAUCCCAGCUAUCACACACUUGCUCAGUGUGCCACAUCUCCUCACAUCAACAACAGGGACAGGAUGACCAUCGCCAAGUCAAAGAACAAUCAGCUGUUUGUGAAUCUUAAAAACAUGAACUCUAGGAAGCGCGGCCCAGCGGUGGACUGCACCGGGACGCUGCCGGCAGACUGGAAACAUGGUGGCUACCUCAACGAGCUUGGUGCUUUUGGACUGGAGAGAAGCUAUAUGGGAAAAUCCUUAAAAGAUCUGGGGAAGAAUUCUGAGUAUAAUUCAAGUAACUGCUCCCUCAGCAGCUCAGAAAAUCCAUAUGCCACUAUUAAAGACCCGCCUGCACUUCUCCCUAAAAAUUCAGAGUGUGGCUAUGUAGAGAUGAAGUCACCUGCACGGAGAGAUUCCCCAUACGCAGAGAUCAAUAGCUCAACUUCAGCUAACAAGAAUGUCUAUGAAGUUGAACCUACAGUCAGUGUCGUCCAAGGAAUAUUCAGCAAUGCUGGGCAUCUCACCCAGGAUCCAUAUGACCUCCCAAAGAACAGUCACAUCCCUUGUCAUUAUGACCUGUUGCCAGUCCGGGACAGUUCAUCCUCCCCCGAGCAAGAGCAUGGUGGCAGUGGCGGCGGCAGCAGCAGCAGCAGCAGCAACAGUAGUAGCAGCAGCAGCAGUGAAUGACACCAAAGGACUACAGGGUGACCGUUGGAACCCUUCCACAACCGCAGUUCAGUCCUUCUCCAUCCAAGUUUGCCUCCUCCGUGAAUGUUAAACAAUUUGGUAGGCAGUGGUUGGACUUGAAUCAGUAAGCUCAAAGCUGAGGAGGCGCUGAUUGUAGGUGCUUUUUGCACAGGUGGCUUGGAAGGGGAUAGCAUAGUGAUUUCCUAUUUGUUAGUUUUAGCACUGCACCCGUGGAGCAUGACUUACCAUAAGAUGGUGGCUAAAAGCAUGAACUUGCAGAACUCCUUCAGAGACAUGGGCUGCAGUGGAUAUUGGUACUAUUGCUUGGAAAAUUACAACUUAAGUUUUUUUCUCAUUUGAAUCAUAGAGCUACAACUAGGGUUAUACAGCUUACCAGAAAUUUGCACCAUAAAAGCGGGAAUCACUAAACAUAUAAAAGACAAAGAACAUAUUGUUGAGUCUUUAAUUUUUUCCAGCUGGACUCAGAAUUGAAGGAAUUGCAUGCAUGCUGAAAGAAAUAUGCUGUCAGGUGGCCAUGCUGGAUAAACUGGGGAAAAAAAUGAGAAAUGGAUAGCAAAUUUAAAUGAAAACAUUUAGAGUUCUUCUUAGAAUGAGAAAAUGUACAUUUAGAAACAUUUUAGAAGCAGUAGAAGUAUUGCAGAAAUCAGUACACGAAUGCACUGGGCAAGGGUGGACUUUUUCUGUGAUCCUCGGCCCACUUUGGAUCCAUGACAUUCUGAUCGCUGUCCCCAUCAUGCAUAAUUUUCAUUUGAGACACAUAUCGAUAGUUAUUUCAUGAAUCUAAAAAGGAAACGAUUUUAUUUUUGACAGACUGGAUGGAGUGAGUGUGUAAUGAUUGGUAAAAGUUGUAAAUUUUACAUGUAAAAAGAUGCUUCUGUUUUGUAAACCUUUAGUAAUACGUACUGUAAUAUAGAACUAGCAGAAAGUUCUGAUUAAUUUUUCCCUAAAAGUGAUCUAAAUAUUUUUGUGCAUAUUUGAAAAGGGGCACUUUCCUUUUAUUAGAUUUAGAGAAACUAUGCUUAAGCUGGUCUUUUGCAUUGCUAAUAUGACAUGUACCCCAUUUUUCAUUAAUUUGUAUUUUCAUUAAGUUGUAUAUUCUAUGUUUUGUAGUGUUUGGAUUGUUAAUGAAAAUCUAUUGUAUGUUCAUAGUUUCUUGCAUUAUUGCCAUUCAUCUUUUGCUUGAUUAAAAUGGUUUUUUUCUUAUAAAGGGAAGAAAUGAAAACAUACAACUUAAAAAAAAAUCAUUACUAAAAUAGUACCAUAACCAUAGAUGAAUAGCUUCUUAAUAUCCCAAAAUGAAUUGGCUUUUGAUCUUUUGGUUCCUCCAGUCUUGAUUAAAUAGGAAGAAGGAAAAUACCGAAGUUGAAUCUUCAUGAGACCCUAAUUGUGGUCAUCAUAGAACUGACCAUUCAAGCUGGGCACUUUUAAAGUGAGGACAUUACUAAUAAUUACCUCGCAAUGAGCAAACAUCUGCACUAUUCCAAGCAAACCAGAACAGAUGCUUGUCCUGUGCACAUUUACACAGUAACAGUUUUCUCUCCGAAGUAGUAGUUGCAUUGUAAGAAUGUCAAGAUGGUGCAGCAAAGCCAAGUUUUCCUUCUUUGAUCUACAUGACAAGCAGAGAGGCUGAAAAGCUGCAUAAGGAAGCAAUUAUAAAAGUUAAACGUGGUCUUCCAUCUUUUAAGUCACAAAAUCUCAUAUGAUGUUCUGAGUGAAUCAAUGUUAUUUGUUAAGAUACUACGUGUCAGUAGUGUCCACAGGCAUUGUCUCUGCCAGUUGAGUUGGGAAAUCCAGCUUUUUCAUGUCAUACACUUCACCCAUGAUGAUUUGUUCAGUCAAAUGGAUAGCACAACAAAUAUCGUUAGCACACUAACUCCUGCGAUGACUGCUUCUUUUAAGAAACCCUAAAAUUGAUUCAAAGAAAUAGGCAAUUCCCUGGAAUACACAUGAAAAACAAUUUACUUAUUCCUGUAAUUAUGUUGACCCUUGACUGUAGGGAUGGGCAUCAAAUGAGGCCUCAAAUAGGUCAGUGGCCACAACAAUCCUUUUUUAGGUAAGAAACACAGUCAGGAUUUCCCCUUUCUUUUAAAAGGAGCAUCACUUCAGAACUCCAUGGUAAGUUGGUGUGUCCCCAUUAUUCUGGAGAUAAGUUUUAAAAAUCUGUUUCUUUUUCAUUCUCUUAUUUAGAAAGGAAAACUUCAUGUGCAAAGGUUACAGUAAUAUAAGAAAGUCUGGACAACAGAUGUGGACUCCCCAGGGCUACUCCUGAAACAUUUGUACAUGAGACAAUUCUUAUCAGUGUUCACGCAAAACUUUUCAGCAUCAGAACAGAUGUAGCACUUUAAAUAUUGUAAAACUAGUGUUAUGUUUAGGAGGUCUGGUGGAAAGGCAACACUUUUAGAUAUUUUUAUAUAAUUUCUCUCCUCUAUUCAUUAAGAGUCAAAGCACUGAAUGAGUUUAGGGAUACCUUGCAACAGCCAUUCACUUAAGAAUGUGACCUCAACUGCUAUUCUUUCCUAGAAGUUAAUGUCUCAGAAAAUUGAAAAGUAUUUGUUUUUAUACAUAAAUCAUCAAAAGUUGCACAAAUGAUGACUCACAUGCUUGCUUUAAUAAGAACAUGUUAUCUGUGGUUAAUCACAUGAUUAUAAGGGAACUUCCGUAAUUAUUUACUGUUAGGCAUUAGUUUCUCCCCUAUUGCACAUAGUAAUGUUAAGAGUAUAAUGUGUUUAACCAAUUUGAGGAAAAUCAACCAUAUAAUUUUAUAAUAGGACAGUAUAAUCUGUCUCAACCAAAUCCAGUUUUACAGCGUGUGUUGUGAGAAACGCAAACAACGUGAUGAGAAUUUGGUCAUCUUGACCUCAGUAAGUCACAGAAGUGGUAAAUUUAAAUUUUUUAAAACCAUAAAUAUAAAAAAACCAUAAAUAUUGUAAAAGUUAGUGACUUACCAAACUUUGGUAAUGCUCUGUUUCAUAUUAUUGGAGUCUUGGACUCGUGUAUUUUUGUUGUAUACUGUUUUCAAGGUUCCAACUAAGCAGGACAGUUUUGUCAACAGUUUUCACGGCAAUAAAAACAGCAGAAUAUUCAAGAGUCAGAGCAAUAUAAUUCAUGUUGAUAUUAGAAGUCCACCUUACACUGAAAUAAAAAUUUUUUAAAUUGAGUUUUAAGAUGAUGCUUUUUAAAAUAAUGAAUCUUCUAUCUCUAGGCAAUAUGCCCUUGAUAUUUAAACUAAAUACUUAGGAGCUAUUUGGGUCUUACAGGCCUUAUGUCAUGGAAGUGUACAUAGCUAUAGAAAUGUGAAUCACAUGGUGUGAACAGACACUUGCUUAUUAACUGUAGUUGUAUGACAAGUUGCCCUUUUAAAGUCCUUUUAGCAUUAUCCUAACACUGGGUCUGCUUAAUCCAGGUCAGUAUUUAAUCUAGGACUCAUUUUGAGAUAAGACCAAAAUCACAAUAUGUAUAUCUUAAAUUCAAAAUACAUUAGGAUUUAUUUGGUUACAGCAAACAGUGCUUUCGCAGUGUCGAAUAUCUCUAUUUUCCAAAGACGGUGAACUUUUAUCAGUAUUAGUCUACAUUGUCGUUUAUAUCACCAAAUAAAUUUAUAGAUUAAUGUAAUAAACUUUCUAAUAAAAAUUUCUAAGUAGUGCUUAUUUGUACAUAUGAUUCUACUGUUGAAUAAUGAGAUGAAAAGUCUUAUGAUUCUACUGGAUAAUUAAUGCUUUUGUCCUGUGUGACUUCAUACCACCUUACAUAUACAUUUAAAAACCAGUAAACACCAUCAUAUUUAAUUGCUAGGGUAUGUUUUUCCUUUAGAUUAUUUGUUUUUGAAGGACAUAGGCAACAUUUUAUUCCUCUGUGGAUUCUUGGCUGAGUCUGGUCUGUUGUAAAGAGUUUCAUGUUAUUUUUUUGUGAAUUUGCUUUUUAAAUUUCAGUGUCUGUUAAUGCUUUUAUUAAUAAUUAAAACAUUUUUAAAACA